AUGGUCAUUGUAGUUAUUGUAAGGUAUAUUCUACCAACAAUGAUAGCAGCAAUACUAGCAUUGUUCCUCAUAUUUGUUUUGAUGAGAUGCCGAAAGAGGGAUUCAAAACUAAAAGGUCAAGGAGAUUUGUUACCUCUAGCUACAUGGAGAAGAAUAACAUAUCUAGAACUUGAACAAGCAACAUAUGGAUUCAAUGAAGGCAACUUAGUUGGAAAAGGGAGUUUUGGCUCGGUGUACAGAGGGAAACUUUCAGAUGGGACUAGUGUUGCAGUAAAGGUUUUUAAUUUGAAUAUAGAAGAAGGGUUUAAGAGUUUUGAAGCUGAAUGUGGUGUAAUGCGCAGUAUUCGCCACCGUAAUCUUGUGAAAAUCAUAAGUAGUUGUAGUAGCAUUGAUUUUAAAGCCUUGGUACUAGAGUACAUGCCCAAGGGGAGCCUUAAGAAGUGGUUGUAUUCUCAUAACUACUUCUUGGAUAUGAUAGAAAGAUUGGGCAUAAUGGUAGAUGUUGCAUCAUCAUUGGAGUAUCUUCAUCAUGGUUGUGCUUUACCUGUUGUCCAUUGUGAUUUGAAGCCCAACAAUAUCCUCCUAGACAACGAUAUGGUUGCACAUGUGAGUGACUUUGGCAUUUCAAAAUUCUUAAGCAAUGAAGACUCUACGAUUCAAACCAUGACACUAGCCACUAUUGGUUACAUGGCACCAAAGACACCAAAAGAGAGGUCAAACAUGAGAGAUAUCGUUACAACACUCAAAAAUAUCAAAUUGAAGUUUCUAAAGGAUGUUGGAGAAGAUUAA